CGGAUCCAGACAAGACAAGUUGGGCGCGACUUCCCAGCGGGAGCGCAGGACCCCGGCUGCUCGAGAGUGGGAUCCACGUCAGGACCUCGGGUCGUUGCGGUUAAUAAGAAUCUAGGCUCGAAUCUGGGCUGGGGAUACGGAGAUUUACUGGAUAUAAUCCUUGCUCUCCAACCUUGGAAGGACACAGCAGAAGGAAUUACAGGACAAGAAGGGCAGCUUUGGAAGACAUGCUAAGGGCUUCUCGGGAAUGCUUCGCACAUCAGCCCACCCUUUGAAGUAUGUGCAAUAAGCUAGAUGAUGAUACUUGUAACACAGAAAAAAAUAAUGUCAAGUGGAGGUGAUCAGCAAUCACAGGCUCUCACUAAGCCCUCUUUCAGUGAGGUACAAGCCUCUGCAUUAGUGGAAUCAGUGUUUGGGUUAAAAGUUUCCAAGAUCCAGCCACUUCCUAGCUAUGAUGACCAAAACUUCCAUGUAUGCAUUGCAAGAACCAAAGUCACUACAGAUGGCCCAAAUGAAUAUGUCCUCAAAAUAAGCAACACUGAAUCUAGCAAAACUCCAGACCUGAUUGAAGUGCAGACUCAUAUCAUCAUGUUUCUGAGAGCGGCUGGAUUUCCAACAGCCUCUGUGUGUCGUACUAAAGGAGACAACAUAACCUCUCUCGUGUCUGUAGAUAGCGGCUCUGAAGUCAAAAGCUACUUGGUGAGGCUGCUGACUUACCUCCCAGGAAGACCCAUAGCUGAGAUUCCCAUUGGCCCUCAGCUCUUAUAUGAAAUUGGAAGGCUAGCUGCUAAGUUGGAUAAAACACUGGAGAAAUUCCAUCACCCAAAGCUAAGUAGUCUUCAUCGGGAGAACUUCAUCUGGAAUCUCAAAAGUGUUCCUCUUCUGGAGAAAUACCUCUUUGCCUUGGGCCAGAAUCGGAAUCGAGAGAUUGUUGAACAGGUCAUUCAGCUGUUCAAGGAUGAAGUGAUGACCAGUCUAAGUCAUUUUAGAGAAUGUAUCAAUCACGGAGAUCUUAACGACCACAACAUCUUAAUAGAGUCCAGAGAGUCGGCCUUUGGAGAUGCUGUAUAUCAGGUGUCUGGGGUUUUGGAUUUUGAUGACAUGAGCUAUGGUUACUAUGUGUUUGAAGCGGCGAUCACCAUCAUGUACAUGAUGAUUGAAAGCAAGGCUCCUAUACAAGUAGGAGGCCAUGUCCUUGCUGGGUUUGAAAGUGUGGUCCCCCUGACUCCUGUGGAGAGGGGUGCUUUGUUUCUACUUGUAUGCAGUCGGUUUUGUCAGUCACUUGUCCUAGCUGCAUAUUCUUGCCAGCUAUACCCAGAGAACGAAGAGUAUCUCAUGAUUACUGCAAAAACUGGGUGGAAGCACUUACAGCAAAUGUUUGACAUGGGCCGGAAAGCUGUAGAAGAAAUCUGGUUUGAAACUGCCAAGUCCUACGAAUCUGGGAUCUCCAUGUGACUAGAUAAAAAUUCACAUUAACUUGGGUAAUGAAGAACCAAUAGGACCUAACCUAAUUCCAUAAAGGGUUUUCCUGCACCAUUAAAGAUGAAUUGAUGAAACAUUUCAAUGCACAUGUAACCACUAAGGUCUUCUAGUAAUUUCAUGACCAUUUUUUAACCUAAGAAAGUACUGCAUGAGCAAGCAUGUCUUUCUAAGGGUUUCAUUUGCCUUGUGUAUCAAACAUGCAGAGUGAUAUCUUGAAUCAAAUAGUCUCUCAAGAUCAAUGAUUUUUUUUAACUUUAACAGGACAUGUCUAUAUGUACAGACAUGUUCACAUAUUUUAGAUAAGUGGGUGCAACAUGCAGACCUAGUUAACGUAUCACCAGUUCUAUGAAGCCUUCUCCCAUCUCUUCAUUGUUCAUAAUCUCUUUGUACCCUGCCUUUUGUAUGGCACAUCACUUGGUAUCAUGGGUGAUAGCCAUGUAGUCAUCUAGUCUAAGAGCUAUUUGAGGGAAGAAACCAUGUAAAUUGGUUUUUUUCCUUUCAUCCAUUCUUACACUGGUAUAGUGCCUUUCCAAUGGUCUUUAAAGAUAUUUUCAAAAUUAAUGUAUCCUAGAAGAAAGGCUGGAGAAAAUAAGGCACACACUAAAAUGCCUCAGGAGAAAACAGAUGCAGUACUCAUAAGAGAAAGCUUUAACUUGUUUGAGCGGGCAGUUGAAACUGAAACUCCAGAGGCAGAUGCCAGAACUCACUGGAACUGCAAGUAAGCAAAUAAGACACCCAGACAAGCCACUAACUCGUGAGGUAUCUAAACAGUUUUCACACUGAUGCUGAGAAAGACCCUAGGCAGAUAUUUUAAAAUCCUCUACCAUUUAUGUUUCUUUUCAUAUGAAUAUAUAAUAUUGGAGAACGUAGCUUAUGUAUCCUUGACUUUAUUCACACCACUGUAUUUCCCUCACUGAUUUCUGGUCCUGUCUCCCUUAGUAUGAUAAACAGUAAAUAGUCAUUUACUUAGUCUUGUCCAUGUAGCUCUCCAUUCUCUGUGGAUGACUGUAGAAUCCUGGCCAUUCAAACACCUUUUUAGUAGUUAUCUCUUUUGAUAUAUAUGAGAAUAUAUAUAUAUCCAUCUAACGACCUACCUACAGAGCUAUCCUCUCCAAACUAGGUCUCCGAAUUUUCGUGUAUCACCCAUUUGUAUCAUUCUUAUGUUCACCUUUAACUUCUCUGUGCCUCAGUUUCCUUGUCUGUGAAGGUGAAGUAGCACCUAUCUUACAGUUCCUGUAACACUUACCUCAAGGAGCUAGUUGUGAGGAUUUCUUAGAGAUUAAUGCAAAGUUCUGAGCACAGGGCUUGGCACAUAUAAAAGACUUAAUAAAUGUCUGCUAAAUGAAUGAACCAGGUUACCCAAACUGGAGUACUUUUCUUUUUGCCUCUCAAAUUCAGUCAGUGAUCUGAUUCUUAGGAAUCAGAAUUUUAGAUCAGCAAAUGAUGAUCAAAUCCAUAUCCUUCCUGCUGUACUGUUUAGCGAUAUAUAAUAAAAACCAAUAUUUAUUGAGUAUUAA